GCAUUUUCGUUUUCAAACAAACACACUGAAAAAGGAAGCAUUAACUUGGCUCCUCUUGGCUCUUACUUUACCUUCUGGCAGCCGCAAACCUAUACCAAAGGUCCAAAAGUACCACCGAUGUCUCGACCUACGGAAAAGCUAAGAUUGUUGACCGAGCGUGUUCUGGACGAUGACAUCGUAUUCGACAUAAUGACUCGGCUGCCAGUGAAAUCCUUAAUCCGAUUCAGGUGCGUUUCUAAAUCAUGGUACUCUACAAUCACAAACCCCAUUUUCAUUGCCACACACUUCAAGCUCAACGAAGCCAAAUCAUUAUCCAAUAAAAAUAGUCACAAUGGUUAUCUGCUAUAUACACCUGUAACAAAGAGCUAUUAUUUUCACAAAGAAUUGCGUACACUUGUUUACAAUAGGGACCGCACAGUGACUGAGAUUUCCAGGUGUGACGAAAACAAUGGUGAUCAUAUGAUAUAUUUGUGGAACCCAAGCAUUAGAAAGUUUAAGAUGCUUGCUCCUCCUCUUUUGACUGACCCUUGUGAUAGUGCCACCCUUGGACUUGCUUAUCAUUCUCAAAAGAAUGAUUUCAAGAUUCUUAGACUUGUGAGUUUCCUAGGGCCUCUUGGAGAGCCAGAUCCACCGACUGAGGCUGAGGUUUACACAUUGAGUACGGAUUCGUGGAGGAAGGUAGUGUCGGCGGAGUUGUCCGACCCCAACGCUGGACGUCUUUCUCAUCAUUCACCACAUAUUUUUUUUAACGGAGCACUGCACUGUAUAGCAGCUAAUAAACACUGCAGUUUCAUUUUGUCCUUUGACAUUAAUGAUGAGAGAUUCCAUAAGAUAAUGCUGCCUCUGGAUUUAUUAGAUUUGUACCAAUCAUAUCUUACAGUGUUCAAGGGAUCGCUCGCUUAUAUUAUUAUCUCUAACCAUCGAGCUACUGGGGGCAUUAUGUGCCACUUAUGGGUGAUGAAGGAGUAUGGCGUGGCAGAGUCUUGGACCAGAAAAUGUGUACCAAUCGAUUGGUUUCAUCAUUUCCAUGGCUGCACAGACAAUGGUGAAUUGCUAAUUACGAUUUGCAUGGAGCUGAUAUCAAUUGACCCUGAGAAUCUACUUCAGAACAGUCUUAUAAUGGAAUCAAAUAUUAGAUGGGCUGGUUACGCAGCCAAUUCCAUAGAGAGUUUGGUUCUACUUGAUGGGGUAAAUGUGUCAUCUGAAUACGAAGAUUAGUCUGUUGAGGUUCUAGCAAGGUGGCUAUUUUUGUGAAGUUCAAUGGCAAGUAUUUUGGUAUCAAAUAUGCAAUUUGAAUCCGAGCUCUAAUUAUGCUGUUUCUUUCUUCCCCCUUAUUUUUUAUGACAUGAGCAUUAGGGGUACUAAUUUAUUAAGAAUUGUUUUUAAAGGAGAUUAUGGCUAUUAUGCCGAAUUGAUAUUCGUGUCAAUAACAUUGUUCACAUCCUCAAAGAUGGCAAUGUCAUGGUGCUGCAUACAUGCUUAGCCAACAUAAUCUGAUCGCAUCUGAUUGCCCUCAUGAAAAAUUUUAUGACCUUAAUCUCUUUGUUCUCAGUCCCCACCAAAAAAAAAGGGGCUUAAUUUUUGCAUGCAGAAAGUUGAUUUAUUGGUGGUAAGAAAUAAAUAAGGCUGAUUUUAUAUUUCACGAUAUCAUAUAGAAGGCUUUAUAUUCUUUGCAGCCAUAGUUGAUUGAUCUAAUGCUUUUUUAUAAAAUAUGUUUUAACUGCUUGAAUUAGUUAGAGUUUGCUGAAAUUCGUGGAAUUAUUGAAAUAUAUGAUUUUGUAUGAUAUAAGAUGGCUGGGUUUAGUGAGAUUGUUGAUAAGUGGGCUAGUGAUAUAGAGAACUUAGUAUGAUUGAAUACUCUUUACUUUUGUAUACAGCAGAAGUCAAAGUCAAUUUUUGACUCAAAUCUAUGAUUUUUCAAUGCCAUUAUUCUUUUAGCUCUUUUUAAAAGCAUUAAGUUAUAAAUCUGAUUGUUUCUGGUC